AUGCCUGUACCGGGGUUCAAAGGAUCGCUGCUGGAUUUCGUCAUGCGAGAAACGGAAGUGCUCCACGGAAAGGUUCGGCGCUACACAAGCCCCACAGAACGGCCGUUCUUCCCUGAUGCCAUUCCGCCGCUUAUUCUGCCUCCAUUGAACUACCCCAGAGUACGUCGGAUGCAUGGCAUCUCCUUUGACAGCCAAUUCUCCGUCCGCGCGCACUCCCUCCCGUUGCGCGCGACAACUCCCCUUCCGCCGCCCACGCUCUCUCCCUCCCGCCACGUUCUCUCGCUUCCCUCCUGUCGCGACAGUCCCCUCCGUCGCCCACGCUCACUCCUCCCCACCACGCACGCUCUCCCCCCAUCCAUCGCCCACGCUCACUGCCCGUACUCCGCACACGCUCACUUCCCUCCGUCGCCCAGGCUCACCCCCUGCCCCUCGCCUUCUCUAAUUCCCCUCCGUCGCCUAUGCUCCAUCCCCAUCCCUUCCCUCCCCAUCCCUCAUCUCCCCAUCCCUUCCCUCCCUAUCCCUCAUCUCCCCAUCCCUUCCCUCCCCAUCCCUCAUCUCCCCAUCCCGUCCCUCCCCAUCCCUCACCUCCCCAUCCCCGCCUCCCCAUCCCUUCCCUCUCCAUCCCUUCCCUCCCCAUCCCUCACCUCCCAGUCUCUCAACUUACCGUCCCUCUUCUCCCCAUCCCUCUUCUCCCCAUCCCUCUUCUCCCCAUCCCUCUUCUCCCCAUCCCUUCCCUCUCCAUCCCUCACCUCACCAUUCCGAAUGUUGGUUGUUGGUAGUACUACUACUAGGUAUGACAAAUAG